AUGUCUUUCGAGACUUCUGACCCCCGAGUAGAAUCGAUGCUUCGGGCUAUUAGGUGGUAUUUCACGAGUAGUCUACAAUGGCUUUCGAACACAAACCACUUCACUAUGUACGUCGCAGGUCGCGUCACAUUCUGGACCGGAACCAUAUCCAGUAAGAGCUCCGACUUGAUUCAAUUGCAAUUCACUCUCAGCGAUCAUCCAGACUGGUCCAUAAUCACACUGCUCGACUACAUCCUCAUCUUGCGGGUUGCGGCUUUAUAUGGUCAAAAAGACAAGAUCCUGGAUGUGUGUCUGAAGCUUCUCCUGGUCGCUCAGUCCGCUGGUUCUCUCGGAGUCCUCAUUUACUUUACCUUUGUGGAAAAUCCAUACGCACUGAACCUUACGACAGGUAUCACAGUCUGUACAUUGACUGUGGAGCCCCCGCGAGAACUGGCAAUUGCAUGGGCAUUACCGACGGCCUACGGAUUCCUUCUACUCUGUUUGACGCUUUAUAAGGCCGCUGAGUUCUCUAGACGAUCAGCGGGCUUCAAGGGAUUCCAACUAGUCAGGAUCAUCGUCCAGGAUCAAACAACUUACUAUUGCUUUCUGAUCGCGAUUGCCGCUCUGAGAAUAGCCACCGUUUUCGUCCGCGACAUUGGCAUAGCACUCGUUCUGAUCGCAGCUGCAAGUCCUGUACUUCUGAGCAUUCUAGGAGAUCAGCUCCUCAUCAAUUUGAAAGAAGCUGGCGCUCGGUGUUUAGACGAUGAAGCGAGUUACUGGGUCGAUAAUCUUGACGGAUCCAGCAAUCUUAUUGAAUUUUCACGAUGCUUUUCUAGAAUGCUCAUCCUAUUUUACGAACCGGCGGAGAAUCAGUAG